AUUAAUUAUCAAUACGUCAACAAUCUUAGAAGCAUUCGUGAGUGGACCAAGCCUAGAGGGAGGGAGAAACGUUGCUUCAUUGAAUCUCUCUCUCUCUCUCUGGCUCUCGCUGGCUCGCUAGUAUAUAAAUUAAGAGAAGCUAAUGCCAUCCUUAUCCCCACUCUUAAAGUGUUUUCAUUUUCUAAUAUCUCUCUCUCCCACCUUUCACACUCUGUUUUUCCUCUCCCUUUCUCAUCCUUCUCAACACAAAAUACACCCUUCUACAUGGCGACUGAAGCUGAGUUCGAAUAUGAAGAGGCGAGUGAAGCUGAGAUCAAAUAUGAUGAGGAAUACGUACAGAAUUCUCGAGGCUUGAAGCUUUUUGCAUGCCGAUGGCUUCCGGCGAAUGGAAGUCCAAAAGCGUUAAUCUUCCUGUGCCAUGGCUACGCCAUGGAAUGCAGCAUCACAAUGAAAAGCACAGGAACAAGGCUCGCAAAAGCGGGUUUUGCAGUGUAUGGGAUUGAUUAUGAAGGGCAUGGAAAAUCAGAAGGGGUUCCUGGCCUUGUUAUGAAUUUUGAUUUUGUCAUCGACGAUUGCUCCCAACAUUUCACUAGAAUUUGUGAAAAAGCAGAGAACAAGAAAAAGAUGAGGUACUUGAUGGGGGAAUCCAUGGGAGGAGCUGUGGCUUUACUUUUGCAUAGGAAAAAGCCAGAAUACUGGGAUGGGGCAAUUUUGGUCGCACCCAUGUGCAAGAUUGCAGAAGAAAUGAAACCCAACACAAUGGUGAUUAGUGUAUUGAGUGCACUUAGCAGAGUUUUUCCCUCGUGGAGAAUAGUUCCGACCCCAGAUAUCAUUGAUCUCGCCUUUAAAGUGCCUAAAGUCAGAGAAGAGAUUAGAGCCAACCGGUAUUGCUACAAAGGAAAUCCUCGUUUGAGAACAGCCUACGAACUUCUGAGGGUCAGUACAGAAAUUGAGCAAAGUCUGCAUGAGGUUUCACUUCCUUUUAUAGUUUUACAUGGUGAGGAAGAUCAAGUGACUGAUAAAGCAGUUAGCAAACAACUAUAUGAUGAGGCGGCAAGCUCAGAUAAGACACUAAAGUCGUAUCCAGAAAUGUGGCACGGUCUAUUGUAUGGAGAGCCACCACAAAAUUUGCAGAUUGUAUUCUCCGAUAUUAUUGGUUGGAUAGACCAGAAAUCUCGCUAUGGAAAUACACGAUUGGAGAGAGAGCUAAAAGAAGAACACGAACAUUUGUUCAAGUCUGAUCUCUAGCCAAAGAAAUUUGUCUUUCUUGGAGGUCUUUGGAAAACAAGUGUGCACGACAUCGACUGCUAAGGUGAGAAGAAUUGUUAUAAUAUAAUCUCGUCUCGUGUAUAUCCCGAAACUCAAUUUGGUCUACUCUCCAAGUUCUGAACAAAUAAUUUUUAUGUAUUUUUUUCUAUGCCCGUGUACAGAUGAAUUUAAUUUAUAAAGGAACACCUGGUUUGGUUAUAUUAUUGGCUCAAUUCCUUAUUUGACUUGUAAUUACACCUAAUAUGUUGUAAUAGAAGAAUUGCUGCAAAACAGCCAACUUAUUUUAUUUAUAAGAAAAAAAAUUCGACUGUGAUUUACAAAA